GGGAGAAAAAUGGAAGGGAAUUUUAUGAGGCUGUGGUGCUCCAGCGGGAGAGAUGUGCAAUAAAGGUUCCCUCUGGUUGUGUGGCUCUCUUCUCAGGUUGGCCUAGCAAGAACAGGAGAAACAAGAAAAGAUCAUUCUUUGACGGUGGUUCUCCUCUCUUCUAUUGGUACCUCUCUCCUACCACUCUCUCUCUCUCUCUCUCUCACACUGCAAAGGGGGCUGUAUGUAUGAACAUAAAACAAGACCUGCAAGAAUAGUCCGCGGCGCACUCUUCUCUUGCUACAUGUUCUUUUCGACGGGUACUAUACUCUAUCUGGCCUGUAUUUUGUUGAAGCAGGGAGUUUUGUCCUCGCAAUAGGUUGGGACUUUGGGUUGAUGUCGGCUUAAUUUGAUACGCUUUCCUCGCAUGGAGUAUCUCCUUCAUGAAUAAUGGCUAUGGUGGAAGUUAGAGAGUGCAGCCGGAGUCGGAGAAUACCCCCAUUUCUUGGAUGUGUUUGUUCUGGGUUUCAUGCAGCAUUGGGUGGAUAACAAUGGAAGGUUCUUCCGAGUCAGCUUGGCACAAGUCUGACAGUUCUAGGGGGUUAAAUACUUCUGUUAUUUCCGACAGGAAUCAGAGGCUGCUUGGGGAUGAUAGAAUCAGCUUUCUAGGUGAUGAAUCGCAGGAUUCCAGGUACAGGAAGGACCGAGAUCGAGCUGUAUUGGCAUCUUCAAACAACCUUAAGAGCCAAGCAAUUUCAUCCCGGGACUGUGAGGAGGUGAUAGCUCUUGCUGCUAAUCCUUUCCUGCGUGCACUAGAAUGGGAUGAUAUCAGCUUGAGACAGUGGUUGGACAAGCCCGAACGUCAAGUCGAUGAAUUCGAGUGCCUUCACAUAUUUAGGCAAAUUGUGGAGAUUGUUGAUGUAGCCCAUUCGCAAGGUGUUGUUGUGCAGAAUGUUCGGCCAUCAUGCUUUGUGAUGUCUUCAUUCAAUCGGGUCACCUUCAUUGAAUCUGCUUCUUGUUCAGAUUCUGGAUCAGACUCUCUGGAUGAGGGCCUCAACAGCCAAACUGAUUUUAAAGAUGAGCCUCAUUCAUUGCCCGAUGAGUUGCAUCAACAGAGAAGUACACUAGGAACCGACAAUUUCCAAUUAAUUGGAUCUUCGACGAAUACAUCAUCAGGAACCUGUUGCAUGCAAUCAAGCUCCAUGUAUGGAACUCAAGCAUCAUCUGUGGAAGCUGCUAGGAUGGAUAGAGUUAAAGAUGGGAAUGUUGAACAAGGAGAAGAAAAGACGCAAGCAUUCCCGAUGAAGCAGGUGUUGCUUAUGGAGACUACUUGGUAUACUAGUCCUGAAGAGGUUGCUGGGGCACCUAGUUCCUGUGCUUCGGACAUUUACCGCCUUGGAGUCCUCCUCUUUGAGUUAUUCUGCCCAUUUAGCUCGAGGGAAGAGAAAAGCCAAACUAUGUCUAGUCUAAGGCAUAGACUUCUUCCUCCCCAGUUGCUACUGAAGUGGCCGAAGGAAGCCUCCUUCUGCUUAUGGUUACUCCAUCCAGAUCCUAGUAGCCGUCCGAAAAUGAGUGAGUUAUUGCAGAGUCAAUUCCUUAAUGAGCCAAGAGAUAACUUUGAAGAUCGUGAAGCUGCCCUAGAGCUCCGAGAGAAAAUAGAGGAGCAAGAGUUGUUGCUAGAGUUCCUUUUGCUGAUGCAACAAAGGAAACAAGAGGUGGCCGACAGGUUACAAGAUACAGUUUCUCUUCUUUGUUCAGACAUUGAAGAAGUUAGGAAGCAGCAGAUGAUCCUGAAGAAUAAGUUGAGUUCCUGCACAGAAGUGGCCAAGGAUGAUCUCGCUGCCUCAAAUCUCCCUUCUCUAAAUAUUGUGGAUAAUGAUUCUGCUAGCUCGGGGUCCAGGAAGCGGUACAGAGUAGGAUUGCAGAAGCAGAACCCAGAGGAAUGUUGCGAAGAUCUAGAUGAUGGUCAAAUGUCUAAUGCUACUCCAGAGAAGCAAGAUAGUUUCCUUCUGAAGAGUUCCAGACUGAUGAAGAACUUUAAGAAGUUAGAAUCAGCAUACUUUCUGACGAGACGUCGGUCAAUUAAGCCCCCAGGCAGACCAUUGAUUAGACUCACCCCCAUGAAUAGUGAGGGCAAAGGCUCUGUUGUCAUAACAGAAAGGAGUUCUGUCAAUAACCCAGCAUCCAAAGAGCAACAUCAUGAAAGUAGACAUAGUCAAUGGAUAGGUCCAUUCCUUGAAGGGUUGUGCAAAUAUCUUUCCUUCAGUAAAUUCAGAGUGAAAGCGGACUUGAAGCAGGGGGAUUUAUUGAACUCAUCCAACUUAGUGUGCUCCCUUAGUUUCGAUCGAGAUGGGGAAUAUUUUGCUACUGCAGGUGUAAACAAAAAGAUCAAGGUGUUCGAAUGCAACACAAUUUUGAUGGAAGACCGAGAUAUUCACUAUCCAGUAGUUGAAAUGGGAUGCAGGUCAAAAUUGAGCAGUAUAUGCUGGAAUACUUACAUUAAAAGCCAGAUUGCUUCAAGCAAUUUUGAGGGCGUGGUACAGGUCUGGGAUGUCACAAGAAGUCAGGUCCUCAUUGAAAUGAGGGAGCAUGAAAAGCGUGUCUGGUCCAUUGAUUUUUCAUCUGCAGACCCUACAAUGCUUGCCAGUGGGAGUGACGAUGGUUCUGUCAAGCUCUGGAGUAUCAAUCAGGGAGUUAGCAUUGGUACCAUCAAGACAAAGGCUAACGUCUGCAGCGUUCAGUUUCCCUCAGAUUCGAAUCGUUCACUUGCAUUUGGUUCAGCAGACCACAAGGUCUACUAUUACGAUCUCCGUAACCCGAAACUUCCUCUCUGCACACUAGUUGGGCACAAUAAGACUGUGAGUUAUGUCAAGUUCGUGGAUUCUACGAAUCUCGUUUCAGCAUCCACAGAUAACACGCUGAAGCUCUGGGAUUUAUCUAUGUGCACAUCUCGGGUGGUUGACACUCCCCUUCAGUCAUAUACCGGUCAUACAAAUGUUAAGAAUUUUGUUGGCUUGUCAGUAGCUGAGGGUUACAUUGCUACGGGCUCAGAAACAAAUGAGGUUUUUGUGUACCACAAGGCAUUCCCAAUGCCCGCAUUAUCAUUCAAAUUUACCGAUUCAGACUUGCCCUCAAGCCACGAAGUGGAUGACACUGCACAAUUCAUAUCCUCCAUCUGCUGGAGGGGCCAAUCAUCAACCCUGGUCGCAGCAAAUUCCACCGGUAAUAUAAAAAUCCUGGAGAUGGUUUGACAAAUCUCUCCUCGCACCCAAAGAAUUUUCUUUACUGUACUUAAUGGAAAUAGCCGAUGUUCGUGGAAAAUGAUGACGAAGCGAACCAAAGAGGAUUGUAGGCGAGGAGGUUGUGUUAUUUGUGUAACUCUUGAGAUGGUAGGCAGGAGGAGGGUAUAGGAAUUUGAAUCCAGUUUUUCAUUUUCCGUUUUCCUUUUUGCUUGAAGUAAUAAAAUUUUGGGUUUAGAUAAAUAUAGUGGUUUGCAGAUUCGAAGGAGAGGGAGAUUGAUCUUGUAUCAAGUCUGUAGAUAAUAUCCAAAGCCAUUACAGGAAGUAAAUAUUUAGUAUUCUUGGCAUUGGUUUCAUUCUUAACCAGAUUAUCAUAUUGUUGUUUUCACUUAAUCCAUGAAAAUGAAAACUUGAAAACUGUUUUCCACGAGAUUGGAAGUGUGUACAUCUGAUUGCCUGAUUGGGCUGUUGUGUUCAGCUGGGCUGGUUUAUGUAAUCAUCUGAGUUGACCGGCUUGAAUAUUAUUGGUCUCUGUAUGUAUGUUGAGAAUAUAUCGUGAUACUCGGUGAUCUUAUGAA